AGCACCGCAAGUGAAUCACCCCAACAGUCACAAUGAAUCCGACUACAGUAACUACUAUGAUGAAAUAGCCGAGGCAGCAUGUACUGCAAUGAAUACAGCGGGUGGGUUCACUUAUGCUGUCAGAAGAGAAUGCCCAACUUCACGUACAUGUAGUGUCAUCUGCUCCAACCAAAGUCUUAGAGCCCAAGAUGGACAAGUUGCAAGUAGAAGCAUGAGGUGUCUCAAUGCCUUACAUGUUUACAAUAACAGGCCUCAGUUUGCACAUGGUCAUACUUCCGGAAUAGAAAAGUUAUCACUGAAGACCUACAGAUACAACAGCUGUACUGGCAGUAGCUGUGGUCCUAACUAUUGUUGCUGCAGAGCAUAAGAUGAAGAAGAGAACUCAUAUGAUCAUCAGACUCUAGUAAAAAGAAAGUAUUUC